UGUUCAAAGUCCCAUCUCCUUCUCACCUGCUUCCUUGCAGGGAACCUUCAAAAACCCACCUUGUGGGCUGAACCAAGCUCUGUGAUUGCCUCUGGGAAUGAUGUGACCAUUUGGUGUGAGGGGACCAAGGAAUCCAGAAUAUAUUUCCUGUAUAAAGAAGGAAGCUCAGCACCCUGGGACAGUCAAACUCCCAAAGAUCCUGGUAACAAGGCCAUGUUCUCCAUAGCAUCCAUGGAAAAGCAUCAUGCAGGGCAAUAUUGCUGUUACUCUUACAAAUCUACAGGGUGGACAGAGCGCAGUGACUCCCUGGUGACAGGUGUCCACCAUGGUAAACCUACUCUUUCAGCUUUUCCCAGCCCUGUGGUGACCUCAGGUGGGAAUGUGACCCUUCAGUGUGUCUCAUCCAAAGGAUACAAUGGGUUCAUUUUGACUAGAGAAGAUCUGAAGUUCUCCAGUUUUGGAGAUCUUUGUGGCAUCCAGCAAGAAUGA